CACAUCCCUGUGUGGCAAGAUAUAGAAAAAUAAGAUGCAGAAUGACGCUGAGGAAUUUGUGGACCUGUACGUGCCUCGUAAAUGCUCUGCUAGCAAUCGAAUAAUUGGUGCGAAGGGCCAGGCUUCCAUUCAAAUGAAUAUUUCUGAGGUUGACCAGGUCACAGGCAGAGCCAAUGGCCAGUAAACGUAUGCCAUUUGUGGAGCAAUUCGUAGGGUGGGUGAAUCUGAUGAUUCUAUUCUGCGUCUGGCAGAAAAUGAUGGGAUUGUUUCCAAGAAUUUCUAACCGGAGAUGCUCUGCUAUGGAACAUUUUGUUGUAAA